CUACCAGCAGCUCUGCACAAUGAAAGAUAGAAGAUUAUUUAUGCACCACAUUUCCUUAAAUCCAAUUACCUGUGUACCGUUUUGCACAACCAAAGAACGGCCAGAAAUCCGAACCCCAAGUUUUACAGCACCCGGGCAGCAGUUUCUCCCCAGAAGCCAUGUUUUGGGACACUCAGCUUUGGAAAAGCCAUCCAGCAGUGUAUCCGUUUCAGGAGAGCCGCUUCAUCGAGCCCCUGUUUCAGGAAGGGAUGGAGCCAGAGCCGCAGUUAGUGCAGGUAGACCAGUGAAAGUCUUUGUUCCACCUUUCAAAACGAAAGCACAUUUUCAAAAAAAGGAGCAGUGUGCUGCCGGGAAUGUCGAUGUGGACGAAAACGAGCACCCACAGAAGAACUUGGCUGUACCUGGUGCCGGUGCCGGUGCCAGCAUGAGUGGAGGUGGAAUCUACCCACUUGACCAGAAGGACUCCAGUCAAGCUGCCGCCGUCACUUUCAGCACGCAUGAAGGAGAGCCGUUAGAUGUCCUUGCGAGUCUCCAGAUCGCUCGAGACGCCCAGGAGGCCCGGAUCAGGAUGAAACAGCAGCAGCGUGUGUGCCCUCAGCCAGGCAGCCUGUACCUGGCAAAAACGUCCUCCGUGCCCAGAGUCUCUCUCAGAGCAGCUGUGGAAGGCCGGGCUCCUGCUGCCUGUUCCCCAGAACAGCUGUAUGUGUGCGGCGUCCCUACGCACUGUGCACAGAUCAGCAGCAGGAAUGCUGCAGCCUUUCGGUUUCGUGCUCAGGACUAUUUUGGAAAGGAAGCCUGGGCUGGAAAGGGAAUCCAGCUGGCUGAUGGUGGGUGGCUCAUCCCCUCCAACAGCGGACAUGCUGGAAAAGAAGAAUUCUACAGGGCUCUGUGUGACACCCCUGGCGUGGACCCACAGCUUAUUUCUCAAGCCUGGGUCUCCAACCACUACAGAUGGAUCGUGUGGAAGCUGGCGGCCAUGGAGGUCUCCUUCCCCAAGGAAUUUGCCAGCAGAUGCUUGCACCCUGAGAGAGUGCUGCUCCAGCUAAAGUACCGCUAUGACGUGGAGGUCGACAGAAGCGGCAGGUCGGCUAUACGGAAGAUAACCGAGAGGGACGACACCUCUGCCAGAACGCUGGUUCUGUGCGUCUCAGAAGUGGUCUCGCCCAGCCCGCUUCCUGCUGAGCCAGCGAGUGGUGAGACCAGGCUUGCAGAUGCCCGGGGCAGGGCCGUCCUGGAGCUGACCGACGGCUGGUACGCGCUCAGAGCCCAGCUCGACCCGCCCCUCUCUGCCCUCCUGAAGACAGGCCGGCUGGCAGUGGGCCACAAGAUCAUCACACACGGAGCAGAGCUGGUGGGCGCUCAGGAUGCCUGUCCUCCUCUUGAAGCCCCAGCCUCUCUCCUGCUCAAGAUCUCUGCUAACAGCACACGGCUGGCUCGCUGGUAUACCAGACUCGGCUUCUUCCAGGAUCCCCGACCAUUUUCUCUGCCCUUGUCCUCUCUGUUCAGUGAUGGCGGCAACGUCGGCUGUGUUGACGUGGUGGUGCAGAGAGUGUACCCUGUACAGUGGGUGGAGAAGACGCCGUCCGGACUGUAUGUAUUUCGAGACGAAAGAACAGAAGAGAAGGAAGCAGCACGGCAUGCUGAGGCCCGACAGAAGAGGCUGGAAGCCCUGCUCACGAGGGUGCAGGCAGAGCUGGAAGAGCAGGAAGGUGACGCAGCUGGGGGUGGGGGCUGUAAAAUCUGUGGGGAGAUUCCGUUCUUUUCUGCAUAGUGGUGCCACUGCCCUCCCUGCUCACACUAGACCCCAACACCCACUGGUCGUCAUCUGUGUCUGUUGGGAACUUUCUCAGACGGGCUUCUUUCACUCAUAUUGUGUAUUUAAGGUUUCUCCGAGUAUUUCAGUAGCUUGAUUGAAAGAAAAAAAUUUUUUAGUCACUAAAUAAUCCUCCUUUGUAGGCUGUGGCACAAUUUCCUCAGCUACUGCUCACCCUUUGAAGGACGUCUAGGUGGCCUCCAGCUUGGGCGACUAUGAGUAAAGCUGCUAUAAAUAGGCACGGGUAGGGGUAGCUCCACACAGAAGUUUACAAGUCACCUGUGUG